CCCGCUCGGCCCGCUCUGCACCUGCAUCCCCAGGACAUCUCGAAAGAAAUGCACCGUCUGGAAGCGGUUCCCCACUUUGAAUACGAAGUGCAGAGCUCGACGCGUGGACAUGACUCCCACCGUGAAGACCGAGUCUUCCUCAGAUGGAGAGCCACUCCGCCCACAGACCCGGAACAACCGUCGUGUGACGUCACUAGCACGCGCCCGCGCUCGGGUGAGCUAGAGCGCGGCGGGGUAAAGAUGGCGGCGCUGGCGAAGGGCAUGUGGCGCUCCCUGACUCCGCUGCUGCGGGUGGUCCAGGCUCGGGACCUCGAAGCCCGGCGCUGGGUCCGGGCGCUCCGACGCAGCCCGGUGAGAGUGCUGUUUCCUUCCGGACAGGUGGAGGAACGGAAGCGCGCUCCCGUCAAGCCGCCCCGCGAGGUCCCUGAGGCCGGUUCCCAGGAGCAGCGACAGAAAGCCCCUCUUGAGACAUCCCCAUCCCAGACCCCUGACCCCUGGGAAGAGGCAGGGCUUCGCUACGAAAAGGCCUUUCCAGGGGACAGGAGGCUCAGCAGUGUGAUGACAAUAGUUAAGUCCAGGCCGUUUCGGGAAAAGCAAGGGAAGAUCCUACUGGAAGGUCGCCGGCUGAUUGCAGAUGCUCUCAAGGCUGGAGCGGUGCCAAAAGUGUUCUUCUUUAGCCGUCUGGAGUAUGUCAAGGAGUUGCCGGUAGAUAAGCUGAAAGGUGUCAGCCUCAUUAAGGUGAAAUUUGAGGAUAUCAAGGAUUGGUCGGACCUAGUAACGCCGCAAGGAAUAAUGGGGAUUUUUGCCAAACCUGACUCUGUUAAGAUGACAUAUCCAAAGAGUCAGCUUCACCAUUCACUGCCCUUGGUAUUGAUUUGUGACAAUCUCCGUGACCCUGGGAACCUGGGGACAAUCCUGAGAUCUGCAGCUGGAGCAGGCUGCAGUAAAGUCUUACUCACCAAAGGCUGUGUGGAUGCCUGGGAGCCUAAAGUGCUGCGGGCAGGCAUGGGGGCACAUUUCCAGGUGCCCAUCAUGAACAACCUGGAGUGGGAAGCAGUGCCCAAUUACUUGACCCCUGACACCCGAGUCUAUGUGGCAGACAACUGUGGUCUCUAUGGCCAGUUUCAGAUAUCUAACACAACUGGUGGCCGAGACGGGGCGUGUGAUCGCCGGUUCCUGAAGUUUCACAAGUAUGAAGACGAGGACCAGGACGCUAAUGCCAGGAAAGACUGGCUUCCCAAACUUGAGGUCCAGAGUUAUGAUUUGGACUGGACAGAAGCACCAGCAGCUGUGGUGAUCGGUGGGGAGACGCAUGGAGUGAGCCUGGAAUCCCUACAGCUGGCCGAGAGCACUGGUGGCAAGAGACUGCUGAUCCCCGUUGUUCCUGGUGUUGACAGCCUAAACUCGGCCAUGGCUGCAAGCAUCCUGCUUUUUGAAGGGAAAAGGCAGCUGAGGAUAAAGGCUGAAGACUUGAGCAGGGACAGGAGUUACCACUAACGGAGUGCAAAACUCCUCAGUGGGAGGGGAGGUGCCUCCAGCCCCUGCUCUGCCGGAACGAUGCUAGAAGACUGGCCACGGUGACAACACAGCAGCCAGGAGGUAGGCAUUGCCGCCGUUGUGUGGUACCAGGAAAAUGGGAAUUUCUGCUGGUUUCUGCUGUUCCUCAUUAAAGAACAAAGGUCAAAAUUCUGUUUUGUUAUAUGGGUGCUUGUCUGCAUGUAUGUUUACCAUGUGUAUGAUUGGUACCUGGCAGAGGUCAGAAGAAGUGGCAGAUUCCCUGGAACUGGUCAUGAACCACCAUGUGGGUGCCAGGAACGGAACCUGUGUCCUAUAGAAACUACUAAUUCUCCAGACCAGUCAUUCUCCCUGAGAUUUCCCAUCUCCACUAGUUUUGAGAUUGUAACUUUUUUAUUUUCUGGGGUUGAAUAAAGGUAACGCGGCUUUGUA